AUGCGUCAGGUUCAUAUUGUACUUUCUGUGCCUCAGCACAGAAAUGAGCCAUUUUCCCAGGGAGGUACUUAUAAUCCCCAUACUCCCGCCAAAUGUACAAUCAGCUCCAACAGCGCGGAGUCCUGCCAAGGCAGCCCUCAGGAGCUGCUGAGUCCCCAGCUCAGUUCCCAGCCUGGAGAACUCCUUUCUUCAAAACGCACCACUGCCUCGUCCUUCUCAGGCCCUCCAACUCUCCAGUUUUUAAAUAAUAAACUAUCUUAUGUGGUUCUUACUUGUUUGGUUUGGGUCAGAAAGAAGAAACAGCUUCCUCAACGUCCUAUGUGCCCAGUAACCGUGAAAAACAGAAAUAGUCAUUCGAAGCGUUUCGAAAAUAAACCUCUGAAAGCACAUUGCCUACGGCGACACAUUCCUGCCCUCCGGGUGGACAGGCGAGCUCCCCCCGCCCGCCCCACGCCAGGGUGCAGCGCGCAGCUGCCAGGACCCGCCGCGCUCGCUCCGCCUUCUGCUCGCUUAUCCCGGGAGGUGGAGGCGGCGCCGCAGCGGGUGACCUGGCGCCGGCUGCCAGGCUGGAGACUUUGGGUUGCUGCAGUCUCACGGAGUCGAGCAGAAGAUGCAGGAGCCACACGUGGAGGCCCGACAGAACUGAGGGCGGUAGCGAGCUGUGACAGCCCCCUGGACCGCGGGAGGCUCGGGCCCGCGCUGGCGUGCUCUCGAGGGUGGAGCUGCCUGAGAACCUCAUUCCUUAGGGACUGGAGGCCUCUGCAGCACCCAACCUUUUUCUCUAAGAUGAGGAGCCGAAGUAACUCGGGAGUCCGGCUGGACAGCUAUGCUAGGCUGGUGCAUCAGACCAUCCUGUGCCAUCAGAAUCCAGUGACUGGCUUGCUUCCAGCCAGCUAUGAUCAGAAAGAUGCCUGGGUCCGAGAUAAUGUGUACAGCAUCUUGGCUGUGUGGGGUUUGGGCCUGGCCUAUCGGAAGAAUGCAGAUCGGGAUGAAGAUAAGGCAAAGGCCUAUGAGCUGGAGCAGAGUGUAGUGAAACUGAUGAGGGGACUGCUGCACUGCAUGAUCAGACAGGUGGAGAAAGCAGAAUCCUUCAAGUAUAGUCAGAGUACUAAGGAUAGCCUCCAUGCCAAGUACAACACUAAAACCUGUGCCACUGUAGUGGGUGAUGACCAGUGGGGACACCUGCAGUUGGAUGCUACUUCUGUGUACCUGCUCUUCUUAGCACAAAUGACUGCCUCAGGACUCCAUAUCAUCUAUAGCCUAGAUGAAGUCAAUUUCAUACAGAACCUUGUGUUUUACAUUGAAUCUGCAUAUAAAACUGCUGAUUUUGGGAUAUGGGAGCGUGGAGACAAGACCAACCAAGGCAUCUCAGAAUUAAAUGCCAGUUCAGUUGGAAUGGCAAAG